GUUCUCGAGGCGGCGGCAGCAGCGGCGGCGGCUCCGGCGGCUCCUCCUCCUCCUCUGGUGGCGGUGGCGCCCCGGGCCCGAGCCCCGGCUCCCCUCUCCGCCACCCCGCGCGCCCCCUCCUUCCCCGGCGCCGCGGGGAACAUGAGGCUCCGCUCCCGGAGGCCGGCGAGUGAGUGACCCCCGUCCCCCGCCUCAGCCCGCCCGCCCGCUGGCCCGGCCGCUCCCCCCCGCCUCGCCCAGGCAAUGACAGCGGCUCCGGCGUCUCCGCAGCAGAUCAGGGACCGGCUGCUGCAGGCCAUCGACCCCCAGAGCAACAUCCGGAACAUGGUGGCGGUGCUGGAAGUCAUCUCCAGCCUGGAGAAAUACCCCAUUACCAAAGAGGCAUUGGAGGAAACUCGACUUGGGAAGCUCAUCAACGACGUCCGCAAGAAAACGAAGAACGAGGAGCUCGCCAAGCGGGCCAAGAAGCUGCUGCGGAGCUGGCAGAAGCUCAUUGAGCCCGUGCACCAGAAUGAGGCGGCGCUGCGAGGGCUGGCGGGCAGCACCGGCUCUGCCAACGGGGGUGCUCACAACUGCCGGCCGGAGGGGGGAGCGGCCGGCGCGCCCAAGAGCAUCCAUGAGCUGAAGAACCGCAAUGACAUCCAGAGGCUGCCUGGGCAGCGGCUGGACAGGCUGGGUAGCCGCAAGCGCCGGGGAGAUCAGCGUGACCUCGGCCACCCUGGGCCACCUCCCAAGGUCUCCAAAGCCAGCCACGACUCCCUGGUACCCAACUCAUCCCCCCUCCCCACCAACGGCAUCGGCGGGAGCCCCGAGAGCUUCCCUGGCACCCUGGACGGCAGCGGGCACGCGGGCCCCGAGGGCAGCCGCCUGGAGCACGGCGAGAGCGACAAACACGGGGGCAAGAUUCCCGUGAACGCCGUGCGGCCGCACACCAGCUCCCCAGGCCUGGGCAAGCCCCCGGGCCCCUGCUUGCAGACCAAGGCCACAGUGCUGCAGCAGCUGGACCGGGUGGGUGAGACUCCGGGGCCCCCCCACCCCAAGGGGCCGCCUCGCUGCUCUUUCAGUCCCCGGAACUCACGGCACGAGGGCUCCUUUGCCCGGCAGCGGAGCCCGUACACACCCAAGGGCUCCGUGCCCAGCCCCUCUCCACGGCCCCAGGCGCUCGAUGCCACACAGGUGCCAUCGCCGCUUCCGCUGGCCCAGCCGUCCACACCACCCGUGAGGCGGCUCGAGCUGCUGCCCAGCGCUGAGAGCCCGGUGCGCUGGCUGGAGCAGCCUGAGGGCCACCAGCGGCUGGCGGGGCAGGGCUGCAAGGGGGGGCUGCCCCCGGCCGAGCCCCUCCUUCCCCGGGCGGGCUUUUCCCCGGACUCCUCCAAGGCGGACAGCGACGCUGCCUCGUCUGGUGGCUCGGACAGCAAAAAGAAGAAGAGGUACCGGCCUCGUGACUACACGGUGAACUUGGAUGGGCAGGUGGCGGAGGCGGGUGUCAAGCCCGUCCGGUUAAAAGAGCGGAAGCUCACCUUUGACCCCAUGACCAGACAGAUCAAACCUCUGACCCAGAAAGAGCCAGUGCGGGCUGACAGCCCCGUGCACACAGAGCAGCCCAGGACAGAGCUGGACAAGCCCGAGGCCAAGGCCAGCGUCCAGAGCCCUUUUGAACAGACGAACUGGAAGGAGCUGUCGCGCAACGAGAUCAUCCAGUCCUACCUGAGCCGGCAGAGCAGCCUGCUCUCGUCGUCAGGCGCACAGACCCCAGGGGCUCACCACUUCAUGUCUGAGUACCUGAAGCAGGAGGAGAGCACCCGGCGCGGGGCGCGGAAGCCACACGUGCUGGUGCCUCACAGCGCGCCCACGGACCUCCCGGGGCUGAACCGCGAGGUCACGCAGGACGAUCUGGACAGAAUCCAGGCCCACCAGUGGCCAGGGGUGAACGGGUGUCAGGACACACAGGGUAACUGGUAUGACUGGACGCAGUGCAUAUCGCUCGACCCGCAUGGGGACGACGGGCGGUUGAACAUUCUGCCUUAUGUCUGCUUGGACUGAGCAGCCUGUCGGCCUCUAAGUGCAUUCCCACCUUGCAGUUAGCGUGGCAGGCGGGCAGCCUCCAGCGGUUGGGAAUCCGGGGAGUCCGGCCCAGGGUGGGAGGGAGGGGGCGGGAGUCUCGAGGUCUCUCCGUGCUCUUCCCUCAAAAUUCUCCUUCUUUUGUGAAAUGCUGCUACCAGUUUACUAACAAAAUUGCAAAGGAAGGACCGUGUGGAAGGAAGGCCGGCAAAGUGAGUUCAGAACUCUAUAGCAAACCAGCUAUAAAAAGCGUUAGUUCCCCACCCCGGAAGAGGUGCGGACAUUUCCCAGCACCCGUGAGCUGGGACCUCAGUGGCAGGCAGGCACAGAAAACCUGGGGGAGAGGUUACCUUUAAACAGCAACAGAAGCACGCAGCUCAUCUCUUUGCAUUUUCCUUGUUUAAAUUUGGCCCUGAGUGUCUGAGGCAGGGGGUGUGCCUACACCGCGGCCUGUUUGCACCCCAGCCGGCAGCCAGUAUGACCUGCGCUCCGUGGGCGUCCACACAUUCUCAUCUGGUUUCGGUUAAAACCCAGUUUUGGAAAAAAUGCUGCAAAAAUCUAAGUUUUCUAGUUUAUUUUAUCCCCCUCUUCCAUCUGACCACCAGCCAAAUAAUUUUCCUUUCUCCCUUUUCAAAGUGUCCCCCCCCCUUGCCCUUCCUGCGCAUAUCUUGAAAAUUUCACCUUUCUAGAGUCCCCUCCCAAAAAAACACAAAAGUAACCGCGGGUGCUACUGGUGUGUAAGCUGUACUGUUGGGCAAGAGGAGACCUGUCUGUACGCUGGAAACACUCAUAACCAUUCCUUUAGAUUCGUUUGCCUUAUGGUUAUUUGUCAUAAACGCGAUUUGCAAAAACAAGGAGCCUUAGUGAAUGUACAGUACCUAGACUUCUGUGUUCUCAAGACGCAGAAGGGAGCAACUUUGCUAUUUGGUCCAGUAAGUGGACACCUUGUGAUAUAAAUGUGGAAAUAAAAAAAAAAAAAACCAUUUGCACAAA